CGCUGCGCUGACCGCACUCACUCGUUGCUCAACUUCGGAGAGAGCGGAGGGAGCUAUCGGAGCCCGCAGGCAAGGAGGGGCACGAAGUAGCCUGGCACCGGAGAAGGCACCGGACGCCGCCGCGCUCCCAGUCGUUGCGCGGCGCAGCAGCGGCGGCCGCCUCCUCCACGCCGCUCCGUGCCCGGGUGCCAGUGCCCCGUGCCUCCCUCCCCAAAGCGUGGCUGGCAGUGCCCCCAGGGUGGGCACGGGCUGGCGCGGCCGGGCGGCCGGGGGCCGGAGGUUGGAGGUACUCGGGAGGACGAGGACGAGAAGGAAGAGGCGGCGGCGGCGGCGGCGGCGGCGAGGCUGGGGCCAGGGAGAGAUCCCCGGGGGAGAGGCGCCGGAGCCUGGCCGGGGAACGAUGUUAGCUCGGAGCGCGGCAGCUGCGGCGGCGGCGACAGCGGCGGCCCCGACAGCGCGGGGGGCGCGCCUCCUGGCCUUGCUGCUGCUCUGGAACUUGAGGCUGUGCGGAGCAGGAAUCGAGUAUGGUGAAGUUCUUCCAGAUUCCUUCCCAUCUGCCCCUGCUGAACCCUUGCCCCACUUCCUGCAAGAGCCCCAGGAUGCCUAUAUUGUGAAGAACAAGCCCGUGGAGCUGCUGUGCCGAGCCAACCCAGCCACCCAGAUCUACUUCAAGUGCAAUGGCGAAUGGGUCAACCAGAAUGACCACCUCACCAAGGAGAGCCUGGACGAGGUCACGGGCCUGCUGGUGCGGGAGGUGCAGAUCGAGGUGUCCCGGCAGCAAGUGGAGGAGCUGUUCGGGCUGGAGGAUUACUGGUGUCAGUGUGUGGCCUGGAGCUCGGCCGGCACCACCAAGAGUCGUCGGGCCUACAUCCGAAUCGCUUACCUCCGGAAGAACUUUGACCAGGAGCCGCUGGGGAAGGAGGUGCCCCUGGAGCACGAGGUGCUCUUGCAGUGCCGGCCCCCCGAGGGGGUGCCCCCCGCAGAGGUCGAGUGGCUGAAGAACGAGGAUGUCAUCGACCCUGCUCAGGACAGCAACUACCUGCUCACCAUCGACCACAACCUCAUCAUCCGGCAGGCCCGGCUGUCGGACACGGCCAACUACACGUGUGUGGCCAAGAACAUCGUGGCCAAGCGCCGGAGCACCACGGCCACCAUCAUUGUUUAUGUGAAUGGUGGCUGGUCCACCUGGUCAGAGUGGUCGCCCUGCAACAACCGCUGUGGGCGGGGCUGGCAGAACCGCACCCGGACCUGCAGUAACCCUGCGCCCCUCAAUGGCGGCGCAUUCUGCGAGGGCCAGGCCUUCCAGAAGGUCGCCUGUACCACCAUGUGCCCAGUAGACGGAGCGUGGACAGGAUGGAGUAAGUGGUCGGCCUGCAGCACAGAAUGCACGCACUGGCGCAGCCGGGAAUGCACGGCCCCCCCGCCCCAGAACGGGGGUCGGGACUGCAGCGGGACGCUUCUGGAUUCCAAGAACUGCACAGACGGGCUGUGCACUCAGAAUAAAAGAGUUCUAACUGAACCCAAUAGCCACCUGAUGGAGGCAACAGGAGACGUGGCUCUCUAUGCGGGCCUGGUGGUGGCCAUCUUCGUCUUCAUCGUCAUCCUCAUGGCCGUCGGGGUGGUGGUGUACCGGCGCAGCUGCCGCGACUUCGACACCGACAUCACCGAUUCAUCCGCCGCCCUCACUGGUGGCUUCCACCCGGUUAACUUCAAGACAGCGCGGCACAACAACCCGCAACUAUUGCACCCAUCCGUGCCUCCUGACCUCACAGCCAGUGCAGGCAUCUACCGAGGGCCCGUGUUUGCUCUGCAGGACUCUUCUGAUAAGAUUCCUAUGACCAACUCACCCCUGCUUGACCCCCUGCCCAGCCUGAAGAUCAAGGUGUACAAUUCAUCCACCACAUCAUCCACUCCGGGUCUGCCUGAUAGAGCUGAUCUGCUGGGAGUCCUGCCUGUGGGCACCUACCCGAGUGAGGGGAUCCGGGAUGCUCACUUCCUCAACCUGAGAAAUGCCAGCCUCAGCUCCCAGCAGUCCCUGGGGCUGCCUCGAGAUCCUAGCAACUGUGCCAGUGGGACAUUUGGCUGCCUCGGGGGGAGACUCACUAUUCCUGGCACAGGGGUGAGCCUGCUGGUGCCCAACGGAGCCAUCCCCCAGGGGAAAUUCUACGAGAUGUACCUGCUCAUCAACAAGGCAGAGAACACCCUUUUGCCUUCGGAAGGGACCCAGACAGUAUUGAGCCCCAUGGUGACCUGCGGGCCCACGGGACUGCUCCUCUGCCGUCCAGUCAUCCUCACGGUCCCCCACUGUGCUGAGGUCAGCUCCGGUGACUGGAUCUUCCAGCUGAAGACUCAGUCCCACCAGGGGAACUGGGAGGAGGUCGUGACUCUGGAUGAGGAGACGCUGAACACCCCCUGCUACUGCCAGCUGGAAGCCAAGUCCUGCCACAUCCUUCUGGACCAGCUGGGCACCUACGUGUUCAUGGGAGAAUCCUACUCCCGCUCGGCCAUCAAACGGCUCCAGUUGGCCAUCUUUGCCCCCGCGCUCUGCACCUCUCUGGAGUACAGCCUCAGAGUCUACUGCCUGGAGGACACACCCGAUGCGCUCAAGGAGGUGCUGGAGUUGGAGAAGACCCUGGGUGGGUACCUGCUGGAGGAGCCCAAGCCCCUGCUUUUUAAGGACAGCUACCACAACCUCCGCCUUUCCAUUCACGAUAUCCCCCAUGCCCUGUGGAGAAGCAAGCUGCUGGCCAAGUACCAGGAAAUCCCCUUCUACCACAUCUGGAGCGGGACCCAGAAGGCCCUGCACUGUACCUUCACCUUGGAAAGAUACAGCCUGGCCUCCACAGAGCUUACCUGCAAGAUCUGUGUGCGGCAGGUGGAGGGGGAGGGCCAGAUAUUCCAGCUGCACACGACGCUGGCCGAGACGGCCGCCGGCUCCCUGGACAACUUCUGCUCUGCGCCCAGCAGUGCGGCGACCACCCAGGUGGGACCCUACGCCUUCAAGAUCCCAUUGUCCAUCCGGCAGAAGAUCUGCAACAGCCUCGAUGCUCCCAACUCCCGGGGAAACGACUGGAGGCUGUUGGCCCAGAAGCUGUCUAUGGAUAGGUACCUGAACUAUUUUGCCACCAAAGCAAGCCCCACGGGGGUGAUCCUGGAUCUGUGGGAAUCCCUGCACCAGGACGACGGUGACCUCAACACCCUGGCCAGUGCCUUGGAAGAAAUGGGCAAGAGUGAGAUGCUGGUGGUCAUGGCCACGGACGGUGACUGCUGAUGCCAUCCUGACUGCCAGCCACGGACAGAGGAAGGGUGGAACUAUAGGGGGCAUGACAGGAGGAGAGAAAAAGG